AUGAAAUCAAGUCCCAUAUAUGCCAAUCAUUAUUUUGCCCGUCAAUUCUUUGCUUAUUUUAAUGAAUCCCAAAUCAGUGUCGAGUGCCGGACAGUAGCCGCCUAUGUGGCCGACCAUCAAAACGACGACUGGGCUCUCAAAUUAAUAGACUCAAGUGGUGUAGUGGGUGCAGGUCUGGCAAAAGGCAAUUAUCAGUUUAUGGGUGACUUUGACGAGUGUCUCGACGUUAAAGUCACGCUAUCGGGUGACCGACAAAUAACGGGUAUUACCGGACAGUAUUGUACACUUAAUAUACCUGUCGAGACACUAGUUGGCAAUAAUGAGUCUAAACAUUCAACAUUGAAUGUUGAAUCGUUACAUUUGACGCCAACAUUGGGAAUAUGUAUACCAAAUGCAUGUAAUAUAAGAGACUUAACAAAUAUAUUGACAACAUUUUCGUUAAAAACUAAUAUUAAUGUUACUGUAAGUGAUUGUACUGAUCCCAAUGAAAAUAACAUUAAAUGGUAUCACAUAUUUAUUAUUUCCGCAUUUGCAACAAUAUUGGUACUCAUUUUUAUUGGCACUUUCAUUGACGUCACAAACAUUUUCAGACAAAAAUCUUCAGUAAAAUUGGUCACAACGUUAAAAGCAUUUUCAUUGUACACUAAUACGGAACAGCUGUUGAGCACCGGUAGCCAAAAGGAGACGAUUAGUUGUUUUCAUGGCUUCCGUGUCAUCAGUUUGUGUUUCAUUAUUAUCUAUCAUAUCUGGACUGAAGCACAACUACCAAGUGGAUUUAAGUCUCAUUUAAAUCAUUGA